UUAUUUCAGUCAAGUCUCGACGCGCUUGGUGUUUAUCUAGAAAAGGAUAGAUUCUCUUAAGGAGCGUCUCUUUUAUUUUUAAGAGGGGUGUAGAAAAUAGAAAACCGAGCCGUCCGAUCCGAGACCCGACUCUGGAACUUGUCUGCACAUAAUUACCAAACAGUAGACUGAGGUGUAUGAUAAUUAUUGACCUGCUUUGAGACAGGCCUCGCAAAAAGAAACGCUAGAUUAGCAUUCAUACCUGAUGAUAAUAGUUUAGCUGCGAGAGUGGUAACAGUUACUAUAUCUGACCCGUAGAAAGGUCCAGUCGGGGUCGGUUAGAGCAUUUAGCGAAGCAGUACAGGAUGUCACAUGCGUUUGUGUAACCGGCUAAAUCACUGACAGGACGCUCGCUCGAGUCUACGGAGCAGAGGAACAGAAAUAAAUAAAUACGAAUAGAUAGUUGAGAGCUGUCGGGUAGUGAACUACGAGCGAGGAGACGCCGAGAAGACAGAUUAAACACGCAAAUAACUCCGGCUACAGCGUGUAGACGAAAAACUGGUUUGACGGGCCAGUGAUUUUUUUCUAAGUCUACAGCAGGCCCGACACUGCUAUCUUGUUUACCGUUUGUCAAUCUCUUUAAGUUGUAUGGCAUACAGCUAGUGGUUUAAGUGUAAAAUCCCAUAAUAGUAAUACCCGGGUUAGUUUCCGAUAGAUGGGAGUCUUGUUAGCUGUAAAGCGCUAUUGUGUGGGUAGUAUUUAUUAGAAAGCGUUUGUGUCGAGUGUGGGCUUGUCAUACUGCGUCUGAGACCAAGGCUGGUGUUAGUUUGUUUUGUGCAUUUAUAAAAAUAAAACAUUGCUGUUCGGUUUCAGUCGCUCCAUCAGUUUAUUGUUUUUACUCGGAACAGACAAAUCAGUUUAUUUUGUUGUGACCAGCAUCUGUUUUGGGAUUCAGUCGCACCUUCUCUGCUGGCUCUGUCCGGCCAGAAAAUAAUGUCCCGGCGCUGAAGAUGGGUGGCAGCGGCUCCAAAUCGCGUGGGUUCUGGCCUUUUGCUGGCUCCGGUAUCGGAUCUGAUCCAGCCAACGGUGGCAAUGAGCAGACACUGUCCAGGCUUAGGGGCAGCAGGUCGUGCACUCCCUUCGUGUUUACUAGAAGGAGCUCCCUGUAUUACGAUGAGGAUGGAGACCUGGCCCACGAGUUCUACGAGGAGACCUUCGUGAUGAAGAAUGGCAGGAAGAGGGCGAAACUGAAGAAGAUUCAGAAGAAUCUAAUACCUCAGGGAAUGGUGAAGCUGGAUCACCCCCGUAUCCAUGUGGAUUUCCCGGUCGUGCUCUGUGAGGUGUGACGGCGAGAUGUUUGAAGGAAAGACCACGGCUGAUGCUGUUACGACUCUGCCCCCUCUCCCCCCUGCUCCCCCAUGCAGUCCCUCCUGAACUUCCAUUCUCACCACGGUGCCUCAGGAGUGCGCGUGUCCUGGGGGCCGGCUGGUGGGCUGGGAGCUCUUUGGCGGCAGCUGCUGUGUCGUGCCUCAUGGAAACUAUAAACACCCGUCUGCUUGCUGUAAAAGAAAAAGGGGGUGGUGUAAUUUUAACACCAUGAUCGGCGAGUUCAGUCAGGGAGGAGGUUCAUAUAAAGUGUUGUUGGUUCAGAUUCAUCCCCCAUCUAACCCACCCUCUUUAAAACAUACUGGCCUUACUUUCUUUUUUAUGUCGUGGGUUUCUGAUUGAACUUGUACUCUUUGAAUCCUACAAAUGUCAAUGUGAAAGUCAUGUACAGUCAAACCUGACUCUGCACCCCUCCUGGGGCUGUGUGAGUGGUCCUUAUAUACAAGUGGUCUUUAAUACGGGUUUGACUGUAUUUAUUCUGCCCACAGAUUAUCAAAAGGAAGAUAAAUUAGGAAAAAUAAACUUAUUUGCUUGUUGUGUUGUUUUUUGUUUGAAAAAUUGAAAAAUACUUUUUUGGCAGCCCCCUUUCUACAGAUACUGAAUGAAGGGAAGUAAAAGAUAACAGGUCCCCCUUAGCCGAAUAGCUCGUCAUAACAACUGCAAGAGCCCUAAAAUAAUUAGUAGUGUGUGUGUGUGUUGGGGGGGAUUGUACAUCGCCCUAGUCUUAUACAUUUAGACAGCAAUACCUCAAUUAGUGGUCAUGAAUGGGUGUUCGUAGCAGUUAGCAAUAUUUGAAUCAUUACAACAAAAAUAAUGUAAUAUUUUAUGCUACUCGGUUACAAUAUUGAAUUCUACAAUAAAUUGCAUGUUUCUGAUGAGAUGUGGUUAAAUUGAGCUUUAAAUCUUAAGAUGAUUUUACAUAGGCUGCUUGAUACCUAUGUGUAUAUGUGUCACACCUCUAUUACAGCUGGCAAUAGGUUCCUUUAUCAGUAAUCAUUUUCAUUGUAUUGGUCUGGGAGAAAUACAUAUGUAAUCAUUCCCUGUAUGUGUGAGCCUGCCUGGGAAGUGGUGCUGUGACAAUGUUGCAACGUAAGGUGGCAGCAUAGCCUAAGGAAUGGGCUCCAGUGUGCUUUUAGUUUUGGACUGCACAGUCAAUAUCGGUGAAGUUAAUCAUUCUCAAAAUAGCAAUGAGAAAAAUGGCUGGGCAACAUUUAGCAAGCUUGUGUGUUUUUUUUGUAUUAACAUAAGUAAUUCCUCAAUUUAAUUAAAACAAAAACUAAAGUUAAUUCAAGAAAAUAUAUUGUAAUAUGUAUUCAGACCAGUGUGCAUGGCUCCCAUUUUCAUUCCUGCUUUGUGUGUUUUUUAAAAAGGUUGCUUAAGGUUGCUUAAAAAAAAAAAACAAAUCCACAGCUCCCUGCUGUUCUAGUGCAGAUGUCAUAAAAAUGAAGAGAUUUAUUUAUUCUUAGACAGCAAUGUCUGACUGUGGUGACCUGAUCUGUUGCGUCUGCAUCGUGUUCCGUUAACAUUGGUCUUUUUAGGCAAAUAGAUUAUUUUUUUGCUGGAAUUUCUAAAUACAUUUAGUGACAGUGGGAGUAAUCCCUGAUGCUGCUGUAGAAAUCAUAUAAAUGGACCCCAUUGCCUUUUUCAACAAGGAUUGAGUCUAGUUAAAUACGUUAUUGCUGGGUCGGUGUUAUGAUGCUGUGCCUCAGAAACAAAUAUACCUAAUCUAAUUACCAUGAACUUUGCGUUAUC